GUUCUCACUCGGCCGUAUUUUGCAGUUGCACAUUUUAAAAAUGGCCUCCAAAGACCCGCCGGUGUGUCAGAUUUUCUCCUUUCAGGACUCGAAAACGUCCCCCGAUCCGAUCUUCGAGCUGCCGGCCCACUGCGCGGCCCCCGCCGCCCCGAUCGUGAUCGAUAACGGAUCGUUUCAGACCCGGGCCGGCUGGGCGGCGGAGGAGGCGGACGCUCCGCGGCUGCUCUUCAGGUCGGUGGCGGCUCGCAGCAGAGGGGCCGCCCGCAGCGAGACCCAGAUAGGCAACGACAUCCCGAACCUGGAGCCGCUGCGCUGGCUGCUCAAGAGCCAGUUCGACCGGAACGUGGUGGUGAACUUCGAGAUCCAGGAGCUCAUCCUAGACCACGUGUUCACUCACCUGGGGCUCAGCUCGGAGGGCUGCGUGGAGCACCCCAUCUUGAUGACAGAGGCGCCCUGCAACCCGCUGCACUGCCGGCAGAUGAUGUCUGAGCUGCUGUUCGAGUGCUACCGCGUCCCGUUUGUGUCUUACGGCGUGGACGGCUUGUACAGCUUCUACCACAACAACGGUCGGAGAAACCUGCAGCCGCCACACACCGGCAUCGUCCUGUCCUCCGGCUACCACUGCUCUCACAUCCUGCCCGUCGUCGACGGCAGAUUGGACGCUGUGAACUGCAAGCGUGUGAAUGUGGCUGGGAGUCAGGCAGCUUCCUACCUGCAGCGCCUCCUGCAGCUGAAAUAUCCGGGCCACCUCGCUGCCGUCACGCUGAGCCGCAUGGAGGAACUGCUGCACGAGCACAGCUACACGGCCGUGGAUUACCACGAUGAGCUGGAAAAGUGGCGUUGCCCGGAGUUUUAUGAGCGAGAAGUGCACCGAAUGCAGCUUCCCUUCUCUGGGAAGGUGCCAGGUGGCUGCGUGAGUGCGGAGGAGCGGCAAGAGAGGCGAGCUCAGCAGCUCCGAAGACUUCAGGAGAUCAACACUCGCCGGCGGGAGGAGAAGCUGCAGCAGGACCAAGAGAGGCUGGACAGACUUUUGGCCGUACAAGAGCUGCUGGAGGACGGCCUGUUGGACCAGUUUCACAAAAGCCUGGUGGAGCUCAACAUGGAUUCAGCCGAGGAGCUGCAGUCGUACAUCAACAAGCUGCAGGUCGCCGUGGAGCCGGGGAGGCUGAAGCUGCUGCAGGGCGACGGAGCCGAGGGGAAGAUGGAGGUGUCGGAGUCAGAGCAGCCCAUGGAUGAAGGAGACGGAGUGGCGCUGAUGGAUCCAGACUUCCCCGAGGACCCGCUGUCAGAAAAAUCUGCCGGCGUUGUUCAGCCUGCGUUCAACAUGGCCGAGUACCACCAGCUGUUCGUGGGGACGGAGCGGCUGCGGUGUCCUGAAAUUCUGUUUCAGCCUUCCCUGAUCGGAGAAGACCAGAUGGGACUGAUGGAGACGCUGCAGUAUGUCCUGGCGAGGUACACCCCCCAGCAGCAGGAGGCGCUGGUGAGCAAUGUGUUUCUGACAGGAGGCAACAUGCAGUACCCUGGCAUGAAGGAGCGAGUGGAGAGGGAGCUGCUGGCAUUGAGGCCCUUUCAGUCUCAUUUCAAGGUGGCGCUGGCGGCCCAGCCGGGCCUGGAUGCAUGGUACGGAGCGCGUGAUUGGGCGUUGGCGCAUCCAGCCGCAGCAGGAGCAGAGGGGUGGAUUAGCAGGCAGGACUACGAGGAGAAAGGAGGAGAAUAUCUGAGCGAACACUGCGCCUCCAAUGUCUUCGUUCCCAUGAAGAUCGCCAAACCUGUUCCCGCCCGUCCCACGGAGCCGCCUGUUGCUCUCCAGGCGCUGACAGGAGCGUCUGCCGCCGUGGCAUCGGUUACACCUAGCCCAGCUCCAUCCACAUCCACAGAGCGCGCUGACGUCAGCAUGGUCGCCUCCUGAAACGAGGAGUCAGUCCGAUGUUUACUGAACUCAUUUUAGACUGAAGUGAAGCAUUUUGUUUAGUUUAGCAAUCUCAGCCUUUCAGUUUGAUCUCCAUCAGGUUCUUUUCACAGCAGGUCUAACAUGUUGGGGUCAGUUUCACAGUCAUGUUACUAAAGACCUUGCUCUUUGAUUCUGAUGAACCUAAAAUAAAUCUUUGACUGUUAAAUUAGCAGAAAACGCUUUUUAUUUAAAGUUGUUGUAACUAUUACUAACAUGCAAUUUUAUUAUUGAAAUAUAACAGUCUACCCUAACGGCAGCCAAGCAGUCCUUUGCGAUUGGAAUAUUGCACACAUUAAUACUGCGAUGAAAAAUGCGACUCAUUUGUGGUGCAAUGCUACAUUUUGCCUGCUACAUUUGUAGCAACUUUUUUUUUUGUUGCUGUAUUGAUAUUUGGGACCUUUUCUUGGACAUCUCCCUUGUUCAGACCAUCCUGUGUGAGAGUUUUGUGAAUUUGUAAAUAACUUCUGUAAAAAAAAAUGCUGGUCGAAAACCUUUCAUAUUGAAUGGUGAUCAAGUUUUAAGGUCAAGUGGAAACAUUUAUUUCAAUAUUUUGUAAAUACAAUUUAUUUUUGUUUUUGUUUUUUUUGAAGAACAUGUCGAUGCAGAUGAUUUCUUUUAAAUAA